AUGCUUAAAUAUAUGAAUUCUCAUUUCUUAUAAUAAUAGUUGAAUAUUGUAUAUAAAAAACAAAUUAUUAAAUAAAUUAAAAAAAAGAUUUAAAAUGGUAAUGAGUUUCACUUAUGUUUAUCUUAGGGAGCACACAAAUCAUUGAGAAUGAAGAAGAGAUUGAUCAAAGCAAAUAAGCAAAAUAGACCUCUUCCAAAUUGGUUUAGAUAUAGAACAGAUAACACAAUCAGAUAUAAUUCAAAACGUAGACACUGGAGAAGAACUAAGCUUAACAUCAAUUGAUUUGUUUACGAUUAUAAUACCGUACAUUUAAUAAUAAAUCUAAAG